GGGACAAGCCUCUCAGAUUUCUUUUCUCUUUUCAUAUGAAACCCACAUCUAGAGCUAGCUGCCGGAGCCUGGCCUGAACCUGCUAAAGUAAGAUCCGGUUUGCACGUAAAUUAGAACAUAGUUGAUCGAUGGAAGAGGAAAAAGGUCCAGUUUGCGUGACGGGUGGAACUGGAUUCAUCGGCUCAUGGCUCGUUAUGAAGCUUCUGCAAAAUGGUUACACUGUUCGAACUACCGUUAGACCUGACCCAGAAUGCAAGAGAGACAUCAGCUACCUCACAAGCCUGCCUAGAGCAUCAGAGAAGCUUCACAUCUUUGAUGGGGAUCUGAACCAACCUGAAAGUUUCAAUGCAGCAAUCGAAGGAUGCACCGGGGUCUUCCAUGUAGCUCAUCCUAUGUCUAACAAAGAACUUGAUGAAGCAUCGGUAACCAAACAAUCUGUAGAAGGAACCCUAGGAAUAUUGAAAGCUUGCUUAAAUGCCAAGACUGUGAAGAAGGUUGUUUACACUUCUAGUGCAGCAACUGUUGCAUAUAGUGGCAGCAAAAAAGACAUAGUGGAUGAGAGUUCAUGGAGUGACAUUGAAUAUCAUAGGUCCCUUGGAAUAUUUAGGAGUUCAUCAUAUGUGGCUGCUAAGACCAAAACAGAGCAAGCGGUACUGCAAUUUGCGGACCAAAAUGGAUUGGAACUUGUUACUCUAAUCCCUCCAUUCGUCCUUGGUGGAUUCAUCUGCAAAGAUCUUCCUGGUUCAGUAGAGUUGAUCAUAUCUAUGAUGUUCGGAAAAGUAGACAACUUCACACAGCUUCGCAAGUUAAGUUUGAUACAUGUAGAUGAUUUGGCUAGAGCCCAUAUAUUUCUUUUCGAACAUUCUAAUGCCAAGGGGAGAUCACUGAAAGAAACUUACAAAAUUUGUGGUUUCUCAUCGAUGAAGCUCCUGAAUACUGGAUUCGAGUUUAAGCAUGGUCUCGAUGACAUAUUGGAUGGCGCAAUUCAAUCUUGCAGAGAAAAGGGUGUUCUAGAAAAGCUCUUUGAAAAAAUUGACGCAUGACUGUUUGGCGACUAUCAAUUAAGUUUGAUUGUUUGAAGCUCCAUUCAAUACUCCUCCUCCUAGUGUAACUCUUUUCCUUUUGAGGGAUGCAUAUAUUAAGGUAUCCGAAUUAUCAAGCUAAUUAGAAGACAGAUCUUACAGUGGUCUGACAGUAGUUUGCAUCCAAGAUUGAUGUUCACAGCUACGUACUUUGAUGCUCCAAAUUAUAUGGACUACGUGUAUGUUUUAUCUAUUAGUUUUCAUUUUGGUUUGUACAAUAGAUGGGAAUACCCUAUUCGUUUUUCUCAGUUUUCGUCUCGUAUUGUUUCUUAUUCAAACUAUGUAAU